CUCAUGCCCACCCGUUUUGCCAUUCAACAACCGUCGACGUAACGACACUUGUCUGACUGGUUAUCCCGACAUUGCAACAUCGGACUUGGCUCCAACAUCCUGCUGCUGUAGUGCGUUUAUCCCAUGGCAUUCGAGCCGCGCAGCCCUACCUUCGUAAAAUAUGGCGGCGAACAGCAGCCGCUGUUGGACUACAACAAAGACACAGUCGUGGGGAUCCCCGGCAGUCUCGAAACUCAAGACGAAGCCGAGCCUCACGUCAUCGAAGAGCUCAAGACACUACUCAAACUAGUGUACCCCGUCGUUGUGACGACUGCGCUCGAGUUUUUACCUGGUUUUACGUGUAUUAUACUGGCAGGACACAUCCAGUCGCCACACACGCAGCAAUAUGUGGACGCCGCUACACUCUCAACAAUGUUCAUGAACAUCACGGCGUAUUCCAUUGGGUUUGGCCUUACAUCGGCGCUAGACACGCUGUGUUCUCAAGCGUACGGUGCUAAACGUUUCGGAAAGAUCGGUAUCUACUACCAAGCUGGCUUACAGAUUAUCGGUGCCUGUCUCGGACCAAUUUUCCUCGUUAACUGGUACUCCGAGAGCUUUUUGCUCUUCAUGGGCCAAGACGCUGAAGUCUCCAGACUAGCACAGAGUUUCUCACGUUGGAUGCUACCCGGCGUACCGUUCGUUUUCCUCUACGAAUUAGUGCGCAAGGUGUUGCAAGCGCAAAACAUCAUGAAGCCGUUGGUGUUUAUUGCGGCAGUAGGCAACGUUGUCAACAUCGUAUCGGGCUACUGGCUGACAUAUCAUACGUCGAUGGGUUUUGAGGGUAUCGCUCUGUCCAGAUCAUUGGGCAACAUGGUGCUACCGUUCCUACUCAUCCCGUACUUCUACUACCACCCUCACCACUUGAGCCAAUGGUGGCGUGGCUGGAACAUGCGAGUGGCAUUCGAACACGUGGGAUUGUUCUUGCGUCUAGGAAUACCUGGCGCGCUGAUGAUGACGAUGGAAUGGUGGGCGUUUGAGCUGCUUACGCUGAUGGCUGGCGUUCUACCAAGUGCUGUCGUGUCGGUCAGUGCCCAUGCUGUGCUUGUUAACGUUAACAACACUAUCUACAUGACAUUUGCGGGUCUCGCAGUCGCCUCUAACAUCCGUGUGGGCAACUGUCUUGGCGCCAAUGCACCGAAACAGGCGAGACUGGCUUGUACUGUAUCGUUAACGUUAACAUUAGCCAUAUCCUCGACAUUUGCGAUGAUGUUGUACGUGCUGCGUGGCGAGAUCCCACGUCUCUUCCUUAAUGAUGCUCAAGGUAUCGCGCGAGCUGCUAGUGUGUUGGCAGUCUGGGCUCCGUUGGAGGUUCUAGAUGGACUUAAUGCUGUCGUUCAAGGUAUUUUCCGUGGUGCAGGCAAACAGAAAGUGGCUGCUACAGUGAAUGCAGUGGCGUACUAUGUGUUCGGUAUCCCAGUUGCUGGAGUACUGGCCUUCCACUUUGCUUUGGGAGUCGAGGGCUUGUGGUUGGGUUUCGGCUUCGGUAUCUUCGUGGCUGCCUCGCUGCAGUUCUACAUGUUGUUCGAACGCUGGACGUGGAUAGAACUCGCUGAAGAAGCCCAGAAGCGCACGGCGGAAUAGAAUCUUACUACUCUAGUAUUAAUACAACUACUACUAGUAGUACAAAACUAGAGGUCUCCUUACAUUACCGGUAAGUCUCCAUUGCAUGAGUACCAUGCUGAAUUCUUAAAACUUUGG